CAGUCUAACACACUGAAGGUCUCCGGUUCGAGUCCGGGCGACGCCAUUAUUUUUGCAUUGCCCUCACUGGUAUGGGUAAUUACGUCAUUUUAAUUGCACCUUUUGGUUUGGACUGGAAAAAUGAGGUCAAGAGCGUAGGAUAGUCUCGUCAUAACGAAGAAACCAAAGUGCACUGCGGUAAUUUCAGACGUAGACUCGCUCGACCUUUCCGCCACUUAGUAGACAGGAGGGAGAUAGAAUAGAUUAGAUAUUUGACAGGCGGAGGGGCGAGAGAUAUUCCUGAAUUACACACACACACACAGUAGCUCACCAAACACUCCGCUAAGCUCAGAACCAUGGCCGUCUCCUUUGCAACUCUGUCAAAUGUUGGCGCACUCUCCGUCUCACCAACUCCGGCGGCGAGCCGUCUUUCUCCGGCGCGAGCUACUUCUUCUUCUUGUUCCUUUCCACAGUCGUCGACUUUCCUGUCCGGUUCAGUCCGGCUUGCGUCACCAUCCUCCAUCCCUACCCAGUCGAGGCUCUCGAAGUCAAGUCCUAUUCGCGCUAUGGCUGAGGAAGUUGCCGCAUUGCAGUCAAAGGUGACCAACAAGGUGUAUUUUGACAUAAGCAUUGGGAAUCCAGUAGGGAAGCUUGCUGGGAGGAUUGUGAUUGGACUGUAUGGUGACGAUGUGCCACAAACUGCAGAGAACUUCCGUGCUUUAUGCACAGGUGAAAAGGGUUUUGGAUACAAAGGGUCCAGUUUUCAUCGUGUUAUUAAGGAUUUCAUGAUUCAGGGAGGAGACUUUGACAAGGGCAAUGGUACUGGUGGUAAGAGUAUCUAUGGGCGCACAUUUAAAGAUGAAAAUUUCAACUUGACUCAUACUGGACCUGGAAUAGUUAGCAUGGCAAAUGCUGGGCCUAACACGAAUGGGAGUCAAUUCUUUAUCUGUACUGUUAAGGUACGUUGAAAGAGGAAUUGGAGAACAUCUUUUUCUUUAUUAAAGUAUCACCAGACGUCUUACCUGUUAGAUAUUUUCCAAUAGUGGGAUAUUCUUAAUGAUAUAAUAAUAGGCAAUCAACGCAACUCAAUCUAUUGGACGUACAUGUAAUUCUGGUGUCUGAAAAGUAAUUAGAGUCUCAAAAGUCUGUAUUAGAUUAUGGUAUUGCUGCCGUUUAGCGUGGCCAAGCAUUAGCCGUAGUGAUAAAAAUAUGUUUAAUAACCCAGAUUAAUGGAGUAGUGCGAUAGUCAGAAGAAAAUAAAUUGAUCUGAGUGAGAUACUCGCUGAGUUUGGGUCAAAGUUCUGAUGUUUUUGUUUGGCAAAUGAUAGACACCAUGGCUGGACAAGCGGCACGUUGUUUUUGGGCAAGUUUUGGAGGGAAUGGAUAUUGUCAAGUUGGUCGAGUCGCAGGAAACUGACAGAGGCGAUCGGCCUUUAAAGAAGGUUACCGUCAGUGACUGCGGUGAGCUGCCAUUGGUGUAAGACAAGAGAUCUUGUUUCCUGUAGUAUAGUUCUAAGUGCGCUUGAACCAACAUUAUGCGGCUAUGCUUUUAUUAUAUAGAGGACUGUUUUUGCUUGCCUUCUGAGCCUUAGUGGGUUCCUGUUGGCCUUUUUACGGCUGUCAUUGGAGCUGCGUUAUGACAGAGUUUACAACCAUCUUGGUGUAUUUCUUUUGUUACUGAAACAAUGUUAUAUCCAUCAAGGUUUUAGUUUAGUUCCUCAUGGAAUUGCCAUUUUUUAUCGAGAUUUUGGUUUGUUCUGGCAGCACUUUUGUUUGCAUGACUUUUGUUUUUCUUGCUUUUCAAGAAAAUGUAGUUUUGUUCGUUGCUCCAACGGGGUAAAAUCUGAAUACAGGCAAUGAGAAUGUGAGAUGUCUAUUCAGG